AUAAAUAAUAAUGAUCAACAUGUUUAUAUAGAUACUUGACACAGUAAACAAACUGCAGAUAGCAAAUGAUGGUUUACCAUAGUUGAUUCGUUGUAUUCGUGAUAAUAACCCUGAUGAUAAAUAACGAUUAAAAAUAUAAUAUUGCAUAAAUCAUGUGCGCGUACAACUUAGUAAAAUUUCAAGUUUAAUGAAAAGCGAAAGUGCAAGAUGUUACAAGUGCUCGAGAUUAAGACUCAAAGGUUAUCCAUUAACAAAGAUACCGCCAUAAUAGAUUGGAUUGAUCAUGUCAAUCCGUCAAUAACAUAUGAUGAAUUUUUUUCAAAGUAUUUAAUUCCAAAUAAACCAUGUAUAUUCAAUUCAAAAGUGACAGAAAAUUGGUCUUGUAGAAGACAAUGGAGUGAUGAAGAUGCUCCAGAUUUUGACGUUUUGGAUUUAUUGUUCGGAAAUUGUGUGGUACCAGUUGCAGAUUGCAAUAAAAAAUAUUACAAUUCACAAUCUAAAGAUGAUAUGAAAAUGAAAGAUUAUUUAAAUUAUUGGAUGGACUAUACAAAAAGUAAUUAUUCAGAUUCUAGGUCACUUUUAUACUUGAAAGAUUGGCAUUGUCCAAGAUUAUUUCCUAAUGCUCCCAUGUAUAAUAUUCCCCAAUAUUUUGCAUCUGAUUGGUUAAAUGAAUAUUAUAUUGCACAUCCUCAAUUGAAUGAUGAUUAUAGGUUUGUGUAUAUGGGACCAAGUGGAACAUGGACACCAUUGCAUGCAGAUGUGUUUGGAUCCUAUAGUUGGUCUGCAAAUAUAGUUGGAAAGAAACGUUGGUUACUAUUUCCUCCGCAUCAAGAAGACUUUCUACGAGAUGUUCAUGGACAGUUAAUAUAUGAUGCAACUUCUGAAGAACUUAACGAUUUUAAAAAAUAUAAGGCCUACGAUAAACGCGCAUUAAAGUAUAUUGAUGUAAUUCAAAACCAAGGAGAAAUCAUGUUUGUACCAUCUGGAUGGCAUCAUCAAGUUUGGAAUUUGAAUGAUACAAUUUCUAUUAAUCAUAAUUGGAUCAAUGGAUGCAAUAUCAUGGAUGUAUGGCAUGGGUUAAAAAAGGAAUUAUGUUCUGUAAUAGAAGAAGUUAAUGACUGUCAAGAUAUGAGUAAUUGGGCAGACCAUUGCCAAUUAAUAUUAAAAUCCACAUAUGGAAUGGAUUAUUAUCUAUUUUUUGAUUUCAUAACAUAUAUAGCUAAACAACGUUUAAAUAUGAUUUUAAAGAAAGAGAAAGUAAUCAGUUUUAAUAAAUUUGAAUUUGGAGUAAACCAUUGUAUAUUUGAUCUUGAUGCAAUAAGAUUGGUAUUAAUAGAUUUCAUUAAUGAUGCGGAAGAAAAAUCUAUUUAUGAUUUAAUUUGUGAAAGAAAGCAAGGUCAUAAAUUAUUGAACAAAAUUGUAUUACUUUUACAAACACACAAUACUGACGAUUUUUCCUUAACACAAAAAACUAUUGAAACUCAAAGUGAAGAUGAAGCAUAAAGAAAAUUAUAAUUUCUUUGUACGAUAUGUAAAUAAUGAAAUAUACAAGUUUUUAUAUAAGUAGAAAAAUUUUAAUAUAAAGAUGCAUUUUUAAUUAUUUACUGAUGUAAUAAUUUGAAUAUAAAUUACUUUAUUUCAGUAGUUUUCCAAUUUAAGAAAAAUCAUGAGUCAGUUUUAAAAAAUAACAUGUAGAAUGUUAUUUCAUUCAUAUAUGACAACAUUAUUAAUAUAACAUUAACAGUGCAUAAUAUAACAUAGAUUAUUUUUUUAUCAUUGUAAUUAUUAAAUAUAGUUUCGUGAUAUCUUAGUAAUAACGAACUCAAUUUUUUAAUAGUUCUAUUAUUACAAUGUACAUACAUAAUAUAAAUAUAUGUAAAUAUAUAAUACUUAUAUACAAUGUGAAUAUUAAAUAUUGUAAAUACUAUACACAAAC